UCGAGAAAUUUCGACGAGCAAAAAGUGGAGACGCCUUAAUCACGAAGAAGACUGUGGUCCAGUUGAACGCUGUGUGCUAAAUUUGUGUCGAAUAAUUAAGCAAAAACCGUUUAUAUGUUCCAAGUGCAUCAAAACUUUUUAGAACAAUGGUUUGUUAAACUUGUUCUAAUAGUUUGACCUACAAUGUCGGCGUGUUUCAAAUGCGAAGGCCUGGCACAUAACAUAUUCGUUAUAACCCUGACCAUUCCCCAAAAUAUCAUCCUCAUGGCUGGCCCGGACGUGCAGGUGCUACGAGCUCAGAAUCAAUAAUUAUCGCAACCAGCGAUACGACUCUCGCACCUCUACACCCAUGACAAUGAUCCAGCAAUGCCUUGAUGCGUGUACACCUAUCCAAUCGGGGGAACGCAGCUCUCGUAAGCAUAUCGCUCGCUUUGCAUGGAACAUCAUCUAAAGCAGAGAUCAUGCUGGAUCAUGGUGGAUUGGAGAGCAAAAAAAAAGAUGAAUGAUCGUAUGCGAGCAAAUGUAUUACCGCUGCUCAGCUCUGUGGGUGCUCUCGGCUGGGCAGCGUUCUUUCCUCGGUUUAUUGCCACUCGUUGCAGAUUUUGCUGUAGGUCGUGCCCAUGCUAGCGGUACCGUGUGUAGCCGUGGACUUGAAUCAUAGCUUACGUAGUAUUUUCCUUAUGUUCGCCAGUUCUUUGCUCUCACGAGAUGUUGAAGUUGAAUGGGCACGUGUUGGGGUGCUGAGAAACCAGUUCUCCGCCGGUGACGCCAAUCAUCACUUUUAGCACCCGUACCCCAUUGUGGGCCAAUGACAUAGACCUUGAAACAAUUUUCUGUGUUCUGUUUUCUUUUUUUUGAGCGUUCUUGUUGUUGUUUUGCAUUCAGACUUUGCAGUCUGCAUUCUCCACAGCAAGGCGACCCACUUUGAGAUUUUUUUUGUUGUUACUAUUUUUUGACUGAUUGAGCAUUCAAUGAAACGACUCUUUGGUUGAAUUGUUUAUGAUUGCGCCCGGGGCAAUCGAAAGCCCGUUUUGUUCCAACGUUAAAUGUUUUGCUUUUGUUGUCUCUUCCUGCAGAUCCAAUGCUUCGCUGAAAGGUGAAAGCAUCAGAAUGAGUCUUCUGCCAUAUAAAGGGCUGACCAUUGUUGGUGCCUGGUUGGUGCUAACGGCGACGGCCAUAAGAAUCGAACAACCGGAACCGAUCAGCUUCUUUCGCAGCAGCGUGGAACAGAUUCCACCGCACGGAUUCGAGAAACAGGUGGCCGACGAAGAGAGCAAUGAGUUUGGCAACGAAGCUUUACCACUGCGAGCGGCCGUAGAAAGUGUUCCGGCGAAUCUUGUCGACGAACGUCUACCACUGCGUGACGCCGUUGAAUUUCGCAUCCUGAACAUGGAUCACGAAAUAGAGGACAGGGUCAGUCAGGUGAAAAAUGUGGUCAAGAAGCAAAAGAUCAAGCUGGUUCCCAUCGAUACGAGAGAUGUGGAAAGCUUCCGCGUGUUGUCCUUCCCGGAUAAGUAUGCUGCGUACGUUUUACCCUCGCGGCCGGCCAAUAUGCCAAUGCCGUAUCGUGCGGGAUCUCCAUAUCAACAGCUGUUGAGCAGCAAGGACGUUGCGAUGGUGCAAAAUUCGUAUAGCAAAGUUUUCUCCAGCCCUCUGAAAGCAGCAGCCAACGAAUAUAAGGUACUGUGCCAUAUGACCAACUGGGGCUUUUAUCGCAAGGGUGAAGCACAGUUCGUGCCGGAACAGUUGGAACCUAGUUUGUGUACGCACAUAAUAUAUUCGUUUGCAACCUUGGACCCGGCCACGCUCAUGAUGAAGGAGUUCGACAGUUGGGCCGAUCUGGACAACAAUAUGUACUAUCGGACAGUGGCUGCUGCUGGUGAUGUACCGGUGCUGCUGGGUUUAGGCGGAUGGACAGAUUCUGUCGGCAACAAGUAUUCCGAGAUGGUUGGAUCAGCGGCCAACCGGAGAAACUUCAUAACUAAUGCAAUCGUUUUUCUGAAGAAACAUCGCUUCUCUGGUUUGCACAUGGAUUGGAACUAUCCCGUUUGCUGGCAGAGUGACUGUUCCAAGGGCUCCGAUAGUGAUCGUACCAACUUCAGUAAGCUCAUUCAAGAAAUACGGAAAGCAUUUUCACCGGAGGGCCUGUUGAUCAGUACAAGCAUUUCGGGAUACAAGGAGGUGCUAAUGGUUUCGUACGAUAUUGCCGAGCUUUCGAAGCACGUUGAUUUUAUGGCCGUUAUGACGUACGAUUAUCAUGGCUCUUGGGAGGAACAAACUGGUCACGUGAGCCCAUUGUAUGGAAGUUCUUAUGAUAAAUAUCCGCAGUACAAUACCGAUUACACGAUGCAGCUACUGGUUAAGAUGGGCGCCGACAAGAGCAAACUUAUCGUUGGGGUUCCUUUCUAUGGACAAACGUUUAAAUUAGCACAAACGACGAGAGCAACACCGGGCGAGGGUAGUCCAACUACCGGACCCGGAACAGCUGGCGAUGACACUAGGCAGCCGGGCAUGUUAGCUUAUUACGAAAUCUGUCAGCGUGUCCGUAAACAGAAAUGGAAGGUAGGAAGGGAUCCCGACAUGAAGUCCGGUCCGUAUGCUACCAACGGUGAGCAGUGGGUUGGAUAUGAUGAUCCUGUAUCGGUCACAGCUAAAGCGCGGUAUGUGAUGAAGUCUGGGUUCGGUGGAAUUGCAGCAUGGACUGUCGAUUUGGACGAUUAUCAAAACCGCUGUUGCGAGGAACGGUUUCCCGUGCUGAGAGCAAUUAAUAGAGCUCUGGGUCGGCUGGACACGCCGGUUCCAUCCGGGAUGGACUGUUCGCGUCCUGCACAACCCGCUACUCCGAAACCGGCAGAAAUGACGUUUAGCCCUGAUAGUGGAAUCCAAAGCACAACGUCUACACCGGCACAUUCACACACCACCUGGCCAUCGUGGACACCGGAAAGCACAUCCACAACAAGACGAACGACAACCAAAGCGCCUACCACUACUUCUACAACAACUACCACCACUAGCACUACAACCACGCCUAGAACUACGAGAUGGACCACUUCGGCGACAACGACGUACAGUCCUCCAUCGACCACUGUUGGAACAACUAUCCCUGUACCAGGACUUGUAAUGCCGGAGCUCAGCAAUGCAGAAAGCUGCGAAGGCAACCAAUACAAGGCACAUCCCACGAACUGUAAUUCCUACUACCGUUGCGUUCUGUCCGAGUUCAAGCAACAGUUCUGCGCCGGCGGUCUUCAUUGGAACGAUGCAGCCAAGCUGUGCGAUUGGCCAUCAUCAGCAAAGUGUGAAAUGGACAUGGGAACACAGGAACCAGCAACUACAACGACCACAAGUACAACUACACGACCCACCAGAACUGCAUCAAGACGUACUACUACUACACCGCGCACUACUACUACCAGAACCACCGAAGAAACAGUAACGUCCCGCCCGACUCGUCGGAAGACUACUGCAGUUCCGAAUACAACAAGACCUACCAAAAAGCCUGUAACCACCACCAAAAAGCCUGUAAGUCGCCCCACGGAAACCUGUAACAAUGGCGAGUACUAUCCACACAAGAGCUGCGACAGUUUCUACAUUUGCGUGAACGAAAAGAAGGUGGCGCAACAGUGUGGUCCGGGGCUGUACUGGAGCCAGAUGGAUAAGAGUUGCGAUUGGGAAGAAAACGUAAACUGUGUGAGCAAUGAGCAAUACUUUAGGUUGCUAACAACUUUCGGCGCCUUGAAGGUUCUGUCGGAGGACGAUCCUUGUGAUGGAAAUUCACACGUUCCGUAUCCGGGUGACUGCAACCAGUAUUUGGUGUGUAACUGGGGUCGGUUAGAGUCGGCUAGCUGUGCCGAUGGUCUGCACUGGAAUCAGCAGCUUAAGAUUUGUGAUUGGCCCUCGAAUGUAAAAUGCUCGCAGGGAGGCAUUCCUGAGAGUACGGAAAACAUUUCCGACGAGAACAAUGGUUGGCAGGGCUCGGAUCAGGACAUUGAUGGGCCUCAGUACGUUGUAUCGACCACGGAGAAACGGACCACUACUACAGCACGCACAACAACGGCCGCGCCUCCGGCGACACCUCCACCAGUUCUAGAGCCUCUGUCGGGGUACUACAAGAUGGUUUGCUACUUUACUAACUGGGCCUGGUACAGGAAAGGGUACGGCAAGUACACGCCCGAUCACAUACGCACCGAUCUCUGUACCCACAUCGUGUAUGGAUUCGCGGUGCUGGACUACUCCUCCCUAACGAUAAAAACUCAUGACUCGUGGGCGGAUAUUGAUAACAAAUUCUACACCCGUGUGGUAGCAGCGAAAGAGAAAGGGGUGAAAGUCACUCUUGCCAUCGGUGGUUGGAAUGAUUCGGCAGGCGAUAAAUACAGCCGGCUGGUGCGCAGUGCCUCUGCGAGAUCGAAGUUUGUGGAGCAUGUCAUCGGAUUUUUGGAAAAGUAUGGAUUCGAGGGUUUGGAUCUGGAUUGGGAGUAUCCGGUCUGUUGGCAGGUGGACUGCAAGAAAGGAUUCGCCGAUGAAAAGGAAGGAUUCACGGAGCUGGUUCGCGAGCUGUCGGAAGCGUUUAAGCCCCGCGGGUGGUUACUGUCGGCGGCCGUAUCACCAAGCAAAACGGUUAUCGACGCUGGAUACGAUGUGGCAGCAUUGGCCAAGUAUUUCGACUGGAUCGCAGUAAUGACGUACGAUUUCCAUGGACAGUGGGACAAGCAAACGGGGCAUGUAGCGCCGCUGUACUACCAUCCCGAGGAUGAGAUUGAUUUCUUCAAUGCGAACUAUUCUAUCAAUUAUUGGAUCGAGAAGGGAGCACCAUCGAGAAAGCUUGUUAUGGGUAUGCCACUUUAUGGACAGUCUUUCCAACUAGCGGACACAAAGAAGAAUGGACUCAACGCUAAGGCUCCAGGCGCUGGCCAGGCAGGCGAAUUCACCAGAGCUGCAGGAUUUUUAGCGUAUUACGAGAUCUGUGAUCGUAUACAAAACAAAGGAUGGACGGUGGUGCAGGAUGAGCUAGGAAGAAUGGGACCGUAUGCAUACAAGGGCAAUCAGUGGGUAUCAUUCGAUGAUAAAGAAUCGUUGCUGAGGAAGGUACAAUUCAUACGCGCCAUGGAUCUUGGAGGAGGUAUGAUCUGGGCGCUCGAUUUGGACGACUUCAAGGAUCGCUGUGGGCAUGGAAGCCAUCCAUUGCUAACUGCAAUCCGAGAGGGUCUGCGAGAAGCUCCAAACGGUGCCGAUGUACUUCCAUCCAUUGUCCCGGAAUCCACUGUGGAUGAAAAUAUUGCACUGGGCGGGGAAACAAACACCGGUAUUUCUUCCCCGGAGAAACAGCAACCCAAUCCAAUCGAUAGUUCCGAAGUGGAGGAAAACUUUGUUGAUUCCGACGAGUAUAAAGUGGUGUGCUACUUUACGAACUGGGCCUGGUAUAGGCAGGGUAAUGGAAAAUAUCUUCCUGAAGAUAUCGAUGCCGACCUUUGUACCCACAUAGUGUAUGGGUUCGCCGUGCUGGAUCGCGAAGGACUAACAAUUAAACCGCACGAUUCCUGGGCAGACAUAGAUAAUCGCUUCUACGAGCGUGUUGUGGAGCUUAAGAAGAAAGGCAAGAAAGUGACCGUAGCGAUUGGCGGAUGGAACGAUUCGGCUGGCGAUAAGUACAGCCGGCUCGUGCGGAAUGCGCAGGCAAGAAAGCGCUUUGUGGACAAUGUGAUGCAAUUCAUUGCGAAGUAUAACUUCGAUGGAUUGGACUUGGAUUGGGAGUAUCCCGUCUGCUGGCAGGUCGAUUGCAAGAAGGGAUACGCUGAUGAAAAGGAAGGAUUUGCAAGCUUAGUAGUGGAGCUGGCAGCUGCCUUUAAGCCACAGGGCUAUCUGCUAUCGUCGGCGGUAUCUCCAAGCAAGAAGGUGAUCGAUGCAGGGUACGACGUACGUACACUGUCCGAUUACAUGGACUGGAUCGCAGUGAUGACGUACGAUUAUCAUGGUCAGUGGGACAAACAAACGGGACAUGUCGCACCGAUGUAUGAACAUCCCGAUGAUGUGGACAAAACGUUCAACGCCAACUUUACCAUCCACUACUGGAUUGAGCAGGGUGCGGAUCCUCGCAAGCUGGUAAUGGGAAUGCCAAUGUACGGCCAAUCGUUCUCGCUCGCGGAUGUUAAUGAUCAUGGACUGAACGCUAAGACGUAUGGAGGCGGUGAAGCUGGUGAUCAAACACGUGCCCGAGGAUUCUUGUCGUAUUACGAAAUAUGCUCCAACAUCAACAAGAAGAACUGGAACGUUGUGCGAGACCGCAAGGGACGUAUGGGUCCUUACGCUUACAAAGGCGAUCAGUGGGUUUCGUUCGACGAUCAGUACAUGAUACGUCAUAAAAGCGAGUUCAUCAAGGCAAUGGGUCUUGGAGGAGCUAUGAUCUGGGCACUCGAUUUGGAUGAUUUCCGUAAUAUUUGUGGGUGUGAAGAAUAUCCUUUGCUGCGCACCAUCAAUCGAGUGUUGCGAAACUAUCCUGGUCCGGGUCCAAAAUGUACGCUGGGAUCUGGCAAACCAUCGUCUUCCGAACGUCCAACUACAGCGAUGACGACGACGACAACAACGACCACGACCACGACGACAACCACCAGAAAACCCACAACUACCUACAGAACAACGACGUCCACGAUGCCUACGAAGGCUGCAUCAACUACAAGGAAAACUACCCGCCGACCGACUAGUGGCAUGACCACUACGAGCCGGCCUUCCACACCAUCCAUAGAUGAUCUCGAUAAUACUCAUGCUACUAGUGAAUGCGACGGACGACUGUUCGUACCACAUGAAUCUGAUUGCUCCAAGUACUACGUUUGUCAGCAUGGCAAACGCUAUGAGCAAAGAUGUCCUGCCAACACCGUCUGGAACAAUGGAUACUGUGACUGGGAGGAGAAUACUAAUUGUAAAAACAAGCAGCGCCCAGUAACCUCCACAAGCCCCACUAUUACGACAGAAGAUGGUAGUUGGAUGUCUUCAACUAGCCGUCCGGUAACAACUACACGACGUACAACAUCAUCCACAACAACUACGCGACGUCCAACGGACAGACCCACAACAGCAAUUACUACCAGCACUACACCAAAACCUCUGCCCCCAUCGAAUGAAUUAGGUCCCGGAAAUAGUGACUACAAAGUGGUGUGCUAUUUUACCAACUGGGCCUGGUACAGACAAGGAGAUGGAAAGUAUACUCCCGACGAUAUCGAUAGUACACUCUGCACCCACAUAGUGUACGGUUUUGCUGUGCUCGAUCGUGAAACUUUGACAAUCAAAACUCACGACUCGUGGGCCGAUAUAGACAAUCGGUUCUACGAGCGUGUUGUCGAGCAAAAGCGCAAAGGAGCGAAGGUCACUCUGGCGCUGGGCGGAUGGAACGAUUCGCUGGGCGAUAAGUACAGCAAACUGGUGCGUGAUGCCGCGGCUAGAGCUAGGUUUGUGAAGCAUGCCGUCGAGUUCAUCGAGAAGUAUGAUUUCGACGGGUUGGACCUUGAUUGGGAGUACCCUGUUUGCUGGCAGGUCGAUUGUCAGAAAGGAUAUCCCGACGAAAAGGAGGGCUUUGCUAAGCUGGUGCAGGAGCUUGCUGUCGAGUUCCGACCGAGAAGUUGGCUACUUUCGGCUGCCGUUUCUCCCAGCAAGAUGGUUAUCGAUGCGGGGUAUGAUGUGCCAGUGCUGGCGGAGUAUUUUGAUUGGAUUGCGGUCAUGACUUACGAUUUCCACGGUAACUGGGAUAAGCAAACCGGCCAUGUUGCACCACUGUACUACUAUCCGGGCGAUACUUACGAUUAUUUUAAUGCCAACUUCUCCAUCAACUAUUGGAUCGAAAAGGGAGCACCGUCGCGAAAGUUGGUCAUGGGUAUGCCCCUGUACGGCCAAACUUUUUCACUUGCCGACGCUCGCCGCAAUGGGUUGAACGAGAAGUCGUACGGUCCGGGCGAAGCAGGAGAAUUUACGCGCGCCGGAGGAUUCCUGUCGUUUUACGAAAUCUGUGACAAGGUUAAUCGCCAGGGUUGGUCGGUGCAACGGGAUCCAGAAGGUAGAAUAGGCCCGUACGCGUACAGUGGAAACCAGUGGGUGUCGUAUGAUGAUGUGGACGAGAUCCGAAGAAAAACGCGGUUCGUCAAACAGAUGAAUCUAGGCGGUGGAAUGGUGUGGGCGUUGGAUCUGGACGACUUCAGAGGCAAAUGUGGCUGUGGUACGCAUCCGUUGCUGCGUACCAUGAACUUGGAGCUUGGUCGCAUCAGCACACAGGCGUCAGAAAAUUGUACUUAG